AUGGCGGUUUUAUUACCAGUCGAAGGCUCCAAUACUCCCACUCCACCGUUGGUCUUGUCCGACAAGUUGACCUACCCGACCUCCCUACACCCCUCUCUAAGCUCGAUCCUCAAACUCUCCAUCAACUCCAAAACAUCAGAACCUUACCUACCCCUCUCGAAACAUGAGCUCCUCCUCACCCCAAGUCGUCAAUCCGAUGUUCCCCAUCGCGUCAAGCUCCACAAUGAUCCGACCGUUUCACCUUUCAUGUAUUCACCACCCAAUCCGUACCUACCUCAACAUGCGGACGAGUACUUCAGAGGGUUGAGGAAGACUGAAGAGGAGAUUAUUGGGCAAAGUUUGAAGGAGGGCAAGGCGUCGGGUUGCCCGUUGAGUGUCAUUCGCAUGAGGAACUUACGAACCACGCCGACGAAUCCUUCUUCCACAACCGGCGAAUCCGAAGCUUUCCUUGGGGAAAACAAGAACACAACCAACAACGACAACCACGUAACCGACUCCGAGGAAGAAGACGUUUUUAUCGGUGUCCUUCAAGUAUACCGUGAAGACUCGUUCCUCGAAAUCGCCGAAGGGCCCGAACGUGAGGCGGCCAUUUCCAAGAACAUGUCCCUCCCUACAGGCGACCCAACCAUCAUCUACACCUGGUACUUCCUCCUAUCACCUCAAUAUACCGGAAAGGGGUACAUGACGCUGGUGUUGAAAGAGUUGAGGGACGAAUGGUUGGUCCCCGUUCUUGGGGCGAGGGUGAUUGAGGCUCAGGCUUUCUCGGAUAAUCCGGGCUCAGAAGGGGUACAUCUCAAAUUGGGGUUCAAGGAGACGGGUGAGACGGAGUUGAGGAUGCCCGAGGAUCGUGGGGGGAUGUUGAGGAUGGAGAGGUGUUUCAGGUGGGAGAAGGCUUGA